GUCCUCUGCUCCGGGCCCGCCCCGCCGCCCGCACCAUGCUGCUCGCCCGGGCCCUGCGCGCCGCCGCCGCCCUGCGCCCGCCGCCGCCGCCCCGCCGCCUCCUCUCCGCCGCCCUUUCCUCUCCCCGCGCGCUCCCGCCGCCGCCCGCCGCCGCCGCCCCGCUGGCGCGCUCCCUGUGGCAGCUGGGCGGCGGCGGCUGGCGGACGGCGCUGCUGCGCCCGCGGCGGAGCUCGGCCGGCGGCGUCUCCUGCGGCUGCGGCGGCCUCCACACCGAGGGAGACAAAGCGUUUGCAGAGUUUUUGACAGAUGAAAUAAAAGAGGAGAAGAAGAUCCAGAAACAUAAAUCUCUGCCCAAGAUUUCUGGAGGAUGGGAGCUGGAAGUCCAUGGCACAGAGGCCAAACUGGUCCGGAAAAUAGCUGGUGAGAAGAUAACGGUGACAUUCAACAUCAAUAACAGCAUUCCACCAUCUGCUGAAGAAGAAGAGGAAACACAAGGAGAACAGAAACCUAAUGAGCAGGAGCCUGAUAUUACAUCGACUCCAAACUUUGUCGUGGAAGUAAUAAAAGAUGAUACAAAACAGACCCUUGUUCUUGACUGCCAUUAUCCUGAAGAUGAGGUUGGACAGGAGGGAGAGGAUGAAAGUGAUAUUUUCACAAUUCGAGAGGUCAGCUUUCAGCCUACUGGUGAAUCAGAUUGGAAGGAAACCAACUACACCCUCAAUACAGAUUCCCUUGACUGGGCUCUGUACGAUCACUUAAUGGAUUUCCUGGCUGAUCGAGGAGUAGACAACACAUUCGCUGAUGAGUUAAUUGAGCUCAGCACCGCACUGGAGCACCAAGAGUAUAUUAAAUUCCUUGAAGACCUUAAAAGCUUUGUCAAAUGUCAAUAGAUUAGGAUAGGAAACUAAUCUUCAAAAGUGGGUAUUCCACAGCAGUGCUGCAGCCAGCAAUACCAAAACAUCUUCACAAAAGAUACUGAGAGUAAGUAACUUGGAAUUAGGAUAUGAGAAUUGUGGGGAAAAUGAGGAUUCUCGCACGUAUUUUGGGAUUAGUAUUUAUGUUGCAGCCCAGAUCAAGUUCUACAUUAUUGUCUAGAAUUGCCUCACCCCACUUUUUUUUUGUACAAUUAUGAAUGAAUGUGAAGAAUAAAAAUCUGUUCAACAUA